UCUCUCUCUCUCUCUCUCUCUCUCUCGCAGUGGGUACAAUGUUUUGGAAAUAAACCUGCAGCUGCAGCAGUACUGUCUGGCUGCUCAUCUGUCAACAGUGAAAUGGUUCUUAAGGUGUUUCUCUGACUGAGCUUCUGUGGAAUCAGCAGUAGGGAACGUGAGCCUUCAGCUACAGCCGCCUUAGUGGCAGCACCGGGCAGAGAAGCACCUCCCUCGACUCACACCCAAAGAGAGACAGACAGACAGACAGACAGACAGAGAGUGUGUAUGAAAGGGAAGAUCUCCAGCACUCGUAACAAUCAGAGACAGAGAACUGUGCAAGGCAGAGCGAUGAUUGAGCUGGGCCCUGUGGAAGACGGCCGCAGCCCCAUAGAGGAGCUGAUGGAGCUGACAGCACAGAGUCUGAGUCGCCUUGAGAUUAAAGAGCACUUCAACGUCAUCAAGGAGAUCGGCCGCGGCAAAUACGGACACGUGCUGCUGGUUACUCACCGCUGCAGGGGGACGCCCAUGGCACUGAAGGUCCUGCCCAAAGCGUCGACCCAGCUGAAGGGAUUUCUGCGUGAGUACUGUACCUCGCUCCGUCUGUCCUGCCACCCGUGCAUUGUGGGUCUGUUCGGAAUCGCCUUCCAAUCUAAAGAACACUAUGGAUUUGCUCAGGAGCUGGUGGCGGGACGCGACCUGUUCGCUAUCAUCAAACCACGGGUCGGGAUCUCGGAGCGUGCAGUAAAACGCUGUGCUGUGCAGAUCGCCAGUGCCUUGGAGUUCAUCCACCGCCUGGGCCUGGUGCACCGUGACAUCAAGCCCGAGAACGUGCUUCUGCUAGACACCCAGUGCCGCCAUGUGAAGCUGGCCGACUUUGGCUUGACACAGAAGCGUGGCACUCUCAUCCGCUUCAUCUCAAGCACGCUGCCCUACAUGGCUCCAGAGCUGUGCGCCAUGGUGGCAGAGGAUGGCCAGGAAACUCCUAAAGCUCCACCACUCAGCAUACAGCCCAGCCUAGACACCUGGGCCUUUGGCGUGCUGCUUUUCUGCAUCCUUACAGGUUUCUUUCCCUGGGAACACUGCAUGUGCACUGACAGCUUCUAUGAGGAGUUUGCUGAGUGGCGGCAGGACACAGAGACAGCAGAACUCCCGACACAGUGGAAGAGAUUCACACCGGCGUGUAUGGAAAUGUUCGCCAAGCUGCUGGCACUGGAGCCUAACGACAGAUCCACAGCCGACGUGGUGAAAGGGUAUGUUGGGAAGGACUGGGUGAGGCCAAAGUGCCCAAAUGGACUGGUGGGUGAAAAUGGAGAAGUAAGCACCAUGGCAACAUUGAACAGCCCUUGCCGUAGUAGCCCAGUGCUGCAGUAACGCCUUCAUGUGACAUUCCAACACAGUCUCAUUUUGGCAAAUUUUGUAACUGUUUGUUAAAUCUGGCAUGCAUGAAAAGUUACAAACAGUUGAAGUCAGGGUGAGGGGCGGAGCUAGCAUUCAUACCUUUUCUGCCAACUUUUGUAAACAUAUUGAAUACAUCCUUAGAAUUCCUGCAAAUUUUGCAGGAGUUCAGGUUGGACGUUUGUACCCUUCACCCAAACAGGUAAUGGAAAGGUUCUGGAAGUUCCUUCACUUGAUUGGAUAUCCAUAUUUUCUGUAAUAUGAAUCAAACUAUUUUCAAAACUAAGAAUGUAGAAUGUAGGUUCUGAGGUUGUAAUUUACUAAAGAACAACAACAGAAACAGGAUUGUGCCUUUCAAUUGAGCAAAAUGGCACGUCUGUACAAUUAAUAUUUCUACCUAAUGGUGUUAAAUAGGGCAGUGUUGAUUCAUGUUGAUUAAUUUAGCACCUCAGAAUUUUAACUGAAAGCCUUACAGUUAUUUUAAGAAUGGUGAUUGUGUGCACGUUAAUACAAGGAGGUAUUUAAAUGGCAGAAACACGUAUCCACAAAUUGAAAAAAUAAAUAAAUAAAUAAAUAAAAUACUACUAUAUACACAAGUUUCUUGAAAUGCUUGUAGUAUCUCAAAAUAAUUAGAUGCUUUCUUGAAUACUGUAUAUGGCUUAAUAUUACUGCAGUAAAGUUGGUUUAAUAUUCUGUAUUCAAUAUGCAUUUGAACUUUUUCCAUUGACUGUGAAAAACUUUCAAUUAACAUGUAGCUUAUAACCAAAAUGCAGACUUGUGUUUAUCCUCUUGGAUAAAUUUUGGAUUCAUAUGAUAUUUAGAACUUUUUUUUAUUUGAUUUUGAUUUAUUUCUUUUUCUAAUAACUACACAUACGAACACAGUAUCAGAUUUCACUGGAAAAUUACAGCACUUUAUUUGGGAUCUUGGUAAAUCAGGACCUGAGAGCCUUGGCCUCAUGUUUUUUAAAUUCAAAAGCAUCAUUUUCACUGGAAUAGUUUGGGGAAUUUGGUAAUAAAAAUGGUAAUAACACCAUUUUUCAAAAUUCAAUUAGCUAGGAAAAAAAAAAAGUUUUAUAGUUUGUGCCCUGCUACUGUGAUCCAAAUUAGAAAUAGUAGAAAUUUAGAAAUAAAACGUAUAUCACUGGAUGGUUAAUAAAAUGGUGAACAAAAAGAAUUUUCAUGGUUAGGCUAGGUCAGAGACUUAAAAUAACUGUCUGAAUACUCAUAUUUCAGUUGUUUUUUUUUGGGUUUUUUUUGUAAAUGAACUGCAAGAUUUUUGUGUAUGUAGUUUAUUUUGUUAGUUAGUGCAUGAAAAAAUGAACAGCUUUCCUACUUACGAAACCUACAAAGUUUCCUACUAUUACUCUGGGAAAAGCAUGAUAAUCAUCAUGAUGUUACAAAUAUUAUGUAUAAUGUAUACUGUAUACUGUACUGUAGUGUAAUUAUGCUGAGAAUGUAUAGUCUUCAGAGAAUGAGUGCAGCUUAAAUAUUAUAUACUUUGCCCUUCUACAGUUUUAUUAUACUGCUGCAUUUGUAUUAAACAAUAAAUUGGCACUUUAGUGAUUGACUUUAACAGCUCCUGCCUUUGUCAAUAUGUAAUCAGUGCAAUGCAUGUUAUAUAUUGUUAGAAGACAGAUCAUAUUACUAGAAGCUUUGAAGUGAUCUACACACACACAUAAAACACACACUUGUACUUUAUACCCCGCAGCCAUUCGCAUUAAAUAAUCUGCUGGCAUCUGCUGCAGCUGGCAGGCCAGUGAUGGACAGUAUGUUGGUGUGUCUUGGCACUGGUGCUGAUGUCCCACUGAGAGCCUUGUGUGUCCUACAGACCAGUGGGCAAUUUGGCUCAGAGUGUGCACUUUGCAGCAUAUUUUACAUGUUACACCAACCAGGAUUGAGUUUCCAUCAUGGUAGAUGGGCAACAAGCUCACUGCACUCCAUCACGUGUGUCCACUGAGAAAGCCACAAGUGAAAAACAUCUCAACUUCGCAGUGAAUAUAAAUCAACACCCUGACUGUUUUAUAGGCCAGAGCUGUAGAUCUGUAGUAAACUUAACACCCUGACAUGAAGAGGCAGCUGUGUUGGAAAUUUGCCCUAGAUUCUAUUACGGUAGCUUGCAAAUAACCAGUUUUGUGAGUGUCUCUGUCAGGAAAAUAUAUCAGUUUUCAUCACACUUAGCUCAUGUAGAUGUGUAGAUGAUAUACAACUAUGUAUUUAUUGCUAUUAAACUUGA